AUGCCUCAACUUAAAGCAACAAAGUUUAUCAUCAAUACAGCCCCAUUAGACUUCGAUGGCGUUGCAAAAUCGAUUGCAAGUCUCCUUAAAGAAAAGAAAGCUUGUGCAGCUUAUUUAUUGGCAAGAACAAAUUACGGUAUGUUUACGUUUUUUUGUGAAAAGCCAAGAUACACCAUCAUACAUUACAUAUAUUUAAAAACUGCUUCAAUGAGUUUUCUCCACAUGAACCUAUGUAGAAACUCAAGCAAUCCCAACUUAUAAUUGCUUUUUGUAUCAGUUAUGAUUGUGAAAAGAGGUAAUUAUAGUU